AUGCAGUUUUACUACCUCGUCACUCUCGGCCUCAUGAGCACCGCCUAUGCCUUGAGCCCUCAGAACAACGCGGCUCAUGAUAUAUCCACCGAGGAAAUGGGACCUUUCGUUGCUCCCGGCUCCGGGGGCUUCAGAUCCGGCCGACCCUGGGGUCACGCAAAUCCCUCGAUGACUUCUGUCGCAAGCCCAUCAUCCACCAUCCCAACCUCGACUCCUGUCGGCUCGAUGUUCCCCUCUGAGAUUCCUGUCGCGAAGGAGCCCGUCGCCGUCCGCGCGGCCAUCAGAACCUACUACAAGGACUACCGCCUGUGGGAGGCUGCUACCGGUGAGGAGAAGAAGAGGCUCCAGGCUAAGGUUCAGGAUGAUCUUGAGUCUAUUCGGAGCAUUAAGGCUGCUACUGAGCGUAACAAGGCCAGUGCUAGUGCCAGCCCUAGUGCCAGUGCAAGCGCUUCUGCUAGUGCCACUCCUACUCCUAAGCGCCGUUAA